AUGACAUCACCUACUGAAUGGUUUGGAAAACUUAAAUCUCAAGCUAAAUCAAUACAAGAAACAGCUAAAACUCGUAUUGAAAAACUUACAGAAACACUUGAUAAAAAACUUAAAGAAGCUCAAGAAGAUCUUGAAAGACAACGUUUGAAAGCAGAAGCAUCUGAGUCAGUAGUUCAAGAAAAACAAGUGUGGCGAUCAUCAACUGAAAAUCCCGAUGGUGAAAUUGUUACUAUUACAAAACCAUCUUCUACUGUUCCGUCAGUUAUUCCAACAACAUCUUUAAGUACACAAGCAUCAACUCCAAUUAUUGAGCCUCCUACAAUUCCACAUACAAAAGGAAGACGACGUCAAGCAAGAAAGAAUGGUUUUUUAUCAAUUUCAGCUAUUUCAUUAGAGCAUGAAACUGAUUCUAGUAAUGAACAGAAGAACAAUUCUAUUCAACAAAAAAAUGAUUGUAAAGAAUAUAAAAAUUGUCUUAAUAAUAUAAUCAAUGACAUAGUUAAUCAAGAAAUUAUUGAACAAUGUCUAAAUGAAUUAAUCGAUAUAAUAACAAUUAUCGAUGAAUUAGUUGAAGAGACUACACUCAUUACAAUAACACAGAAAAAAGAUUCGAUAUUAGAACAAGAAUCAAUUAAUAAUGAUUUUGAAGAUAAUAUCGUUCGAGAAAAAGUCGAAUCUCUAUCAGUUAAAACUGAGUCAUAUGAGGAAAAUAUUCAAACGAAUAUAUUCAUUGAUGAAUUGACAUCAGUGAUCAAUAUUGAUGAUACAAUCAUUGUAAAUUCUGAUCAAGAAAGCAUUUCUAAUGAUAUAAUACAUGAUGAUUUACCAAUGAUGACGAAUGUUACUGAGUUACUAAAUGAUAAUUCUGAUUCAAAUGAAAAUCAUUUGAUUACAUCAGAAAUUCUUACAAAAAUAUCUUCAAAUGAACUUGAAGACUCAUUUGAAGAAUUCAAAAUAUCAAAUAUUUCAACAAAUCGAUCAUUUGAAAAACCUUCAGAAAAAUCAACAAAGUUAACUGAAUUACGUGACUUUAUAUCAAAAAUUCAAGAAGAUACAGAUACAGAUACAGAUGAAUCAUUAUCACUAAAACAAGAUACUAAGAUAUUAACCGAAGAUAUCAACAAUAUUUCUGAAAAAUUGGAUAUGUCAAACAGUAUACAAGAUACUUUAAUACCAAUCCCGAAUGAAUCUCCAGUAAAUAAUGAUUCAACAAUUAAUGAUUCAUUCAGUGAUGAAAUAAAUAAAUAUACUUCUUCAAUAUCAAUUGAAUCAAAUCCUAUUGAAAAAAAACGAUUUUCUAUUGUAAAUUGUUAUUCAAUUCCACCAAAAACAAAAAUUUAUCAUAUAAGUUGUUCAUCAACUUAUAUAUAUAUAUGUACGACUGAACGAAAAAUAUUCUAUGCUAAAUUAAAUAUUGAUAAUAUGAAUAUACCUCUUCAAUGGAUACAACAUUCUGAUCUAGCCGAACGAAUUAUUGUUAGUCUUAGUAAUCGAACUGUAUGGCGUCUAUUUAAUAAACGUCUCUAUACAUCGAUUGAUCCAAUUAAAUUUUCUCCAAUUGGUUCUCAUUGGAAUGAAAUUAAAAUUGGCAAUGGACAAAUAUUAUUAAGUAUCUCAAUUAAUGAUCAAUGUGGAUGGUAUGUUAAAGAUGAUGGAUCAUUAUGGUUAAUACGAAUAGUUAAUAAUUCAUAUCAAUUAAUAAAUGUAACAUGUCCAUUUAAUUUAAAUAAAGUUUUUUGUUUUUCGGAAAAAGUUGCUGUUACAACAAAUGAUGGAGAAAUAUUAGUUCGUGUUGGAUGUACAGAUGAUUGUGUUGAAGGUGAUGGAUGGAUUUUUAUUGAACAUAAUUUUGGUCCGAUUGAUGAUUUUAUAUUAUUAACAAAUAAUAAUAUUAUAUGUAUUAUGGAUAAAAAACAUCGUUUAUGGUUACAUCAAUGGUCAUCUGAUAAAGGAUUUUAUGAAAUUUUAUGUAAUGAUGAUUUUAAAAUGUUUUAUCAACGAUAUUUAAUUUGUGUUAAUUCACAAUUAUUAUGUUUUACUAAUUGUGAAGAACAAAUUCAUAUUUUUUCAGAUUCUUUAACAGGUAUUCAAUGGAAAUUAAUUGAAAAAAAUACUCGUUUACAACGUUUAAUUGGAGCAUUUACAAAUGAAAAUUUUGUUUGGGCAUUAACAACAGACAAAAUUAUUUGUACAUCAAAUGGUCAAAUACUUGAAAAUCCACGUCAAGCUCAAUAUUUAACACAUGCAACAUUUGUUCCAGAUAAUUCUUCUCUUGGUACGAUUCUUUGGUCACUUGAUGAAUCAUGUAAUAUUUAUAUACGAACUAAUGUUGAAAUAAAUACAAAAUGGGAACAAUUAGAUCAAAGUCAAUUUGAAUGGAAUCGAAGAUUAGUUCAUAUUGUAUGUAAUAUUGCUGGUGUUUGGGCAGUUGAUGAUCAUGGAUAUAUUCAUUUUCGUCAUGGUCAUAGUACUGCUAGUGACGAUGUAUAUUUAAAUGAAUGGUCAUUAUUACCUCCUGCUUGGAUUCCUAUACCUGGUGAACCAAUAAAAUAUCGAAGUUUUUCACAAAUAUAUUGUGGACCAGAUGAUUGGAUGAUCUAUGCAACAGAUAAUAAACAAACUGUUUAUGCUCGAAUUGGUAUUAAUGAAGAAAAUCGUAUUGGAACAUCAUGGAAAGCUUUUGAUGAUUGUUCAGCUCUUGAAUUAGCUAUAAGUGAACAUACAUUAUGGUUAUUAACAAGUUGUGGACAAAUUCAAUGUCGUGAAAAUAUUUCUGUAACAAAUCCAAUUGGAACACGAUCAACAACAUUACCUGGUCGUUUUCUUUCACUUACAGUAUCAAUCGAUGAUAGUCAAGUAUGGGCACUUGAUUCUCAACGUAAUUUACUAAAACUUGAUCGAUUUACUGUUUUAUUUGAAAAAUAA